GAGGGCUCUUUUGCCCUAGGGAGGUGGGUCCAUCGAUGACCCCAGGGCAGAUGUGACGUUGCCUGUGGGGCAGCAAGGGACCCCCAUGUUUGGACACCUGGGGUCUAUUCAGCUGCUGGGGGAGGAGGAACUUGGAUGCCCGGAUUUUUUUGGUGGGGAGGGGGCAGGGGCUCGGACACCUGGGUUACUUGAGGCAAAGCUGGGAUGCAACCCAGGUGUCCUGGCUGCCCUGACCUGGCCCGGGAACCCAGGAAUCCUGGACCUGGUGCCACCUCCGCAAAGCCCCAGGGCUCCAGCUAUAAGGCCCCUUCGUGCCUGGUGCGGUACGAAGCUGGGGCGGUCCUCCAGCCGAGGAGCAGUACGGAGGAGAAGCUACGCUCUAGCCCAGGGACUUGGUCUCGUUGGUGGGAGCAUGCGCACUGAGACCAUCUGCCCCCCUCCCCACCCGAAGCUGGUCGGCGCAUGCCUAGUGCGCCUCCGUCCGGGUUCCGGAAGUGCAUGGGCGCAUGCGCGCCAGGCUUGACAGAAGCUAGCGGCGAACAUGGCGGCGCCCAGCACGAGUUUCGCGCACAUGGGGUUGGACCCGCGUCUGCUGCAGGCCAUCGCGGAGCUGGGCUGGGCCAGCCCCACGCUGAUCCAGGACAAGGCCAUCCCCCUGGCCCUGGAGGGCAAGGAUCUUCUGGCGCGUGCCCGCACCGGCUCAGGCAAGACGGCUGCCUACGCCAUCCCCCUCAUCCAGCGCCUGCUGCAACUCAAGCAGGGCCCAGCAGUGCAGGAGCAGGCAGUGCGGGCCCUGGUGCUGGUGCCCACCAAGGAACUGGGCCGGCAGGCGACUACCAUGCUGCGGGACCUGGCCGCCUACUGUACCCGCCAUGUCCGCAUUGCUGAUCUCUCAGCCCCUACUGAGCCAGCGGCGCAGAGGCCCCUGCUGAUGGAGAAGCCAGAUGUGGUGGUGGGGACCCCUGGGCGGGUGCUGGCCCAUGUGUUAAGCCAUGGACUGAGCCUCCGUAAUUCACUGGAGCUGUUGGUGCUGGAUGAGGCUGACCUGCUGCUCUCCUUCGGCUUUGAGGAUGACCUCAAGAGCCUGCUGUGCCACCUACCACGGAUCCACCAGAGCUUCCUCAUGUCUGCUACUUUCAGCCCUGAUGUAGAGGCGCUCAAGGAGCUGGUGCUGCACAACCCGGUGACACUGCGGCUGCAAGAGGCACGGCUGCCAGGGCCGGCCCAGUUGCAGCAGUGGCGCUUGGAACUGGGGACAGAGGAGGACAAGUGCCUGGUGCUGUAUGCGCUGCUCAAGCUGGGGCUGCUGCGUGGCCGUGCUCUGCUCUUCGCUGGUGCCCUGGAGCGCGGUUACCGCCUCCGCCUCUUCCUCGAGCAGCUCGGCCUGCCUGCUGGCCUGCUCAACGCCCAGCUGCCCGCCCGCUCCAGGUGCCAUAUCCUCAGCCAGUUCAACCAAGGCUUCUACGACUACCUUAUCGCCACUGAUGAGCUGGACACGGUGAAGAGCCAGGCCCAGGCCCGGACCCGCAGGAAAGCCCGCAAGGGCCCCAAGGCUGACAAAGGCCAGGACCCUGAGUUUGGCGUCUCGAGGGGCAUAGACUUCCAGGACGUGGCAGCUGUCAUCAACUUUGAUGUGCCCCCCACCCUCGAAGCCUACGUCCACCGGGCUGGCAGGACAGCCCGUGCUGACAACCCCGGGACGGUCUUGACCUUUGUGCUGCCAUCAGAGUGCCCGCAGCUGGAUGCCAUCGAGGAGGUGCUGGGGGCAGAUAAUGCUGAAGCUGCCAUCCAGCCCUACCAGUUCCACAUGGAAGAGAUUGAGGGGUUGCGUUACCGCUGCCGAGAUGCCAUGCGGUCAGUGACCAAACAGGCUAUCAAGGAGGCACGGUUGCGGGACAUCAAGGAUGAGCUGCUCAACUCGGAGAAGCUUAAGACAUACUUUGAGGACAACCCCCGGGACUUGCAUUUGUUGCGGCAUGAUCGGCCCCUGCACCCUGCCAUCAUCAAGCCCCACCUCCGCCACGUGCCUGACUACCUGGUGCCCCCCAGCCUACGAAGCGUUGCCCGGCCCCAUCUCAGCAAGCGCAAGCGUCAGCGCCACAAGCCUCCAGCCCACAACAGAGCUGGCUUCCAGUCCCGGGGGACCCGUAACCCUCUCCGGAGCUUUCGCUACCUGGGCAGGAAACCCCGGCGCUUGGCCAAGAAGGAAGAGGAGACGAUAGCUUGACCCAUUGGGCUUGACUGGAUGGACUCAGAAAGAGGCAGAGCAGCAAUGGGGUAGGGGGCUUCUGAAUAACCAGAAAGAACCUUUCACCUUUUGGCAGCAAAACUCCAGAGACUGAAGCUAAAAAGCCCUGAAUAGGGACUAUACCCCCACCCAGGAACUACCCUGAGGUGUGCCUGGGUGUGGGGGGCUAGCCUGGUCAAUUUCAUGUCAGUUUCAAGUCCCCUGGCUGAAAUGGACCAGUUCAGCUGGGCACAAUAAUAACCCCUUACCCACCAGCUCCCUGGUAUUAUCCUCUCGCCUGGUUCCUGCAGGUAUUCUUUAAGCUAGAUUGAGUGGGUCAUUGAGGUCCUCUAAGGGGGAAAAAGGUGGCGGCAUGGGUUAUGGCCUUCCACAGUGUGGAUGGCUAACCCUAGGCUGUGAGCUCUGGGUGCCAAGAGCGUACCAUGGUACGAACACUCCAAGAAGCAAGGUCCUUAAUAACCCAGCCUCUUAAUUACCCUCUUAAUUACCUUAAUUAAAGUACCAGUAGGUUACUACCAUAUAUAUUGGUGUAUCCAUGUGCUUUUUCCCUGGGCAUUAGCAAUUGUGGGGUGUGAUCUGACAUAAUUUCUGGUGUGUCCCUUUCCCCUGCUCAUUAGCAAAGGGGAAUUGGGGGGAGGGGUUAGUGUUGCUAGGGCCAGAAGGGGGUGGGCUUAGGGGGUGGUUGUGAUGUUACGGGUUGGGGAGUGAAGUGUUCAGGGUGCUAGGGUGAGCUGUGGUCAGGGUUGCCCUUUCUGAAAGGUGAGGCUAAGACUCCUGGCCUACCUCUCAAUCCCUUCUCAGUUUUUCUCGCUGCCCCUUGGCCCAGCUACAGCCACCUGGGGCCGGGUGCAAGGCAUUGCACGUGGCUGCAGCUCCCCAGGCCCAGCAGGGGCAAAGGCAGUUGGAGUGUGGGGCGGGCAGGUGUCCUUAGGCCUUAUCUUUCUGGCUCCCCCUAUCAGCGCCUUAUCGGGGCCUUGGGAGGUGCCUCAAGGCCAUGACCGGGCCCUAAACCCUGCCCAGGAGAUAGCAGCAGAGCACCCAGGCAUCACGCAACUGGGGAGGUGGGAGUGCAGAGGGGUCAUAGAAUUGCCUGGGCCUCAGGGGUAGUCGCACAUAGCACCCCAGGCCCCAUCACUACAGCCGCACAGCACCUGUAGCCCUUCUGCAUGCCUCCACUCCCUGCUCUACACAACACUUGCAGGUCUGCUGUUGCUUCAGCCAGUAGCUCCAUUGCAAUGCAUACACUCCAUGCUUCCCUGGUAUAGCUACAGCCGCAUGCCACUCAUAUUCUCUAGCUACAGCUCUAGGUCUAACACCCAGCCCCAGCCACAUGCAAGACUAGCCCGAGCCAUGGUUGCUCGGUGCCUCUGGCUACAGCUGUCUGUCACCCCCUGGCUGUUGCUAACUACACGCAGUAACUUGUGGUUGUAUAUGGCACCAUCUCCAAUCCCUACAGUUCCACACCUGACCCUCAGCUACUUGCAACACCCGCACACCCCAUCUCCUGUUCCUACAACCAUGCACCUGCCCCCAGUUGCCUGCAACCCCAUAUCCUAUAUAUUCCUACAACCACACACAUACCCCCCAGCUAUACACAGCAGCUCUACACCUCUGUCUCCUAUCCCUAUAGCCAUGCACCUGACCCCAGCUACACAACAGCCAACUAUCCCUACAACCGUACACCUGCCCCCAGCUGCACAGCAACUCUACACCCUAUCUCCUAAUCCUGCUGCCAUACACCUCCCUCCAGCUACAUGCAACCCCAUACCCCCAUUUCAUCACUACAGGCACUUGCUUGACCCCAGCUACACACAACAACCCCACACUUGUAUCUCAUAUCCCUACAACCACACACCUGACACCCCAGCUACACACAACAGCCCCAUAUCCCCAUCUGUCACUAGAGCCAAGCGCCUACUCCCCAGCUUCAGCUUCCCACCCAUCGUGCAGCAACCCCAUAACACUGCCACAGCCCAUAGCUCACCUGCCCUACGAGUUCCUGCUGUGCCUACCCUAUGCCCUCCCCAACUAUGCCACCCAGUGACCUUGGGGCUCCCUGGAGCAAGGCCAGGCCCGAGUGCCUCCUUGAACCCUUCUGCAAUUGUCCUUAUCGGUGCCGACGUGCCAGGCAAUGUGCCAGGGAGGGGGGCACCAACGCACAUGGCCUUGCCCAGGGUGGCAUGGGUGUCUCCUUGCCUGGCUCCUUCCUGCCUGAGAAGAGGAAUAAAGGUGACUCUGCUUUGCAUAUAUUCAGAUAAAUUGUAAUGUAUUUGCAUACACUAUAAUAAACACCACUCGAUGCAUUUUUUGUAUGUAUUGCAUUGUUCCUUUGCAAGAAGUAUAACAGUGGAGCCUAAUUCAAACGCCUUAUAAGAUGUUUGCAUAUAAUUAGAAUAAAACUCUGAUGCAUGAGCA